UGUGUUUACGGUCCACGGAGCUCCACGCUUGACCCAUGUGUAAACAAUGCCGAAACUGUGCGAAGUCCGAACCGCGGACACGGAGUGUCUCUUGCCCGCGGGGUUUUGGUCCGCGCUCGAUGUUUGGAUAAAGAAGCCCCACGUCGUGAACAAACGGCUGUGUGGCGCCAAAGAGGAUGGCGUUAGAGAAAUUGUUGAUUCAACGGAAAUCGAGAUAUUAUUGUUGUCAUGUUUGGGAGGUGACCGGCGUGACCGUCCCCGGCUGGACCCCGAGCAGGCGGAGGAUGUCCUCCUGUUCCUGAAGAGCGGAGAGGAACAGAACUUCGGACUAGUGGAGGAUAGAGAGGGACACGCAAGAGGACGCUGGAGCUGUGCAGUGAGAACGGUCAUUCCUAAAGUGAACUCGUAUGGCUCUCAGCUGCAUAAAGAGGUUAUAGUCAAAGACAUCACCCAAAAGCGUGUGACUUUCCUGCCGUUCGAGGAAAGCCCAGACGGCGACAAGGUUCUCCACAAAAGUAACGUUUACCAGAUCCAGCUGAAGGAGCUGAGCGAUGACCAAUGGUGUGUGUCCCUGUGGGCACUCCAGCCGGACUGCUGGUUCUCGGACGGUGUGGUGUACCCUCGGCUCACCUGGCUGGGCUCUGAGCUGCUGCCCCGGGUGGUCCGCUGGGCUACGGAGAACCGCCUGAGUGAGUUCAAAAGCACCCUGUCGCUCAUCCCCAUAGAGAAGUACGGCCGACUCUACCAGCAUCUCAAGGACAAGUACAAAGAGAUGGUGAAGGUUUGGCCUGAAGUGACUGACCCCGAGAAGUUUGUCUACGAGGACGUCGCCAUCGCUACGUAUCUCCUGGUGCUGUGGGAGGAGGAGCGCAUCCAGCAGGGCACAACGACCAGGCAGUCCUUCGUGGACCUUGGCUGUGGCAAUGGCCUCCUUGUUCACGUGCUGACAAACGAAGGGCACCCUGGGAAAGGACUCGAUGUUCGCAGAAGAAAGAUCUGGGACAUGUAUGGCCCUCAGACGCACCUUGAGGAGCGAGCGAUCACACCGAGCGACACCUGCCUAUUCCCCAACACCGACUGGCUCAUCGGGAACCACUCGGACGAGCUGACGCCCUGGAUCCCCGUGCUGUGCGCCAGAUCAUCCUACUCGUGCCGCUACUUCGUGUUGCCCUGCUGCUUCUUCGACUUCAGUGGAAAGUUCCAGCGCCGACGCUGCACCGUGUCCCAGUACAGAGAGUACAUUGACUUCAAUGUGCAGGUUGGCUCUGUGUGCGGCUUUCAUGUGGAAGAGGACUGCCUGAGAAUUCCUUCAACAAAGCGGGUGUGUCUCAUUGGAAGGAGGAGGAGCUACGAGCCGAGCAGCGAAGCCCAAGUGGAUGCUGCCCGAUCCCAGUAUAUCCUCAACAGGCCUAGCUUCUCCACUAAGGACAGCAUACAGGGGGCAGGACCAGAGGCAGCGUGGGGGCGGGGCUUUCAGCCUAGGGAGCGAACGGAGGUGGUCAGGAACUGCGCAAGCCUCCCACGUGACCUUGUGGACAGCGUGAUCCAGCAGGUGGCAUUUGCCUUGCUUGCACUGACCCCCAUGGACAGCAGUGAAGGAGCUGCGUGGAACCAAGGAGGUAGCCUGGCACUUGGGGAGGUGGCCGAGCUACUGGACAAGGAGACCCUGCGGACCCUGAGGAAGGAGUGUGGAGGCCUGCAGACCCUCCUGAAGAACAAGCACCAGGUGUUCAGAGUGGACAGCGGACGAGUGACCCUGCGGGACUGGAGGACCCCGAAACCGACGCCCCCGGAGACCCGGAAGACCCAGACCUGCUGGUUCCACGAGCACCACCCUCAGGGAUGCCCCCUAGAGGCCGAGAGCUGCGCCUUUGCCCACGGAACCUCGGACCUUCAGCCAGCCAGCAGACCACGUUGGAAACACACAAACACACAGGCACGCGCACACACGUGUACUGUGAGAUAGCUGCACGCUCUCCUGUGCUUGUGUUCUGGUCUGAACGUGAACUGAACGCCUUCGCUUAAAAGCGAACGGAAGCAAGGUGUGUCUCACUGUGCUGGCUCUCUGUUUCAAUAAAUCGCAACACUUGCACCAGCAGCAGGCGCGUUGCA